CGUGCCAAAUGUUCAACCAAUCAAAACUGCUUUUACUGCAGCGUCUAGCAGUUUGAAACAGUGCUUUUUAACAGUAGAGUGGAUUCUUGCAGAUUGAAGGAUAACGUUGUGUUAUAGAGGAACAAAUACCUUGAAAACACUCAAUGAGAAGAUGUCAUCAGAUGAAGGGGAGCAAAAUAAUCCAGUUUUACCAAGAGAUUCAGACAGAGGCAGCUCAGUUUCCUCUGCGCUUCAGGAUGAGUAUGAAGAACUUCUUCGAUAUGCUGUUGUGACUCCUAAAUAUGAGCCGAGUUUCUCAUCACAACCGUUGAGGACAACUCAACUCUCCAAGAGUUUACAACAUACGACUAAUAGAGAAACACCUGCUCAACACACUGCAGAUAAUGAAGGGCACUCAAACAACGUGGCUACGCCAACUCCGUCAUUAGAAGAAUCCAGACCACAAAGUCGCACAUCUGAGGCUGAGAGCAUGGCAGACAGGUCUGUGUCAUCUGAGGAAAGAUCAGCGAGGUCGCAGACUGGAUCAGACAGAUCAGGACAAAGCAGCCCUGAUGCUCUGACCACCGUCAUGACUGAGAUGUUCAUUUCAGAGGAGAACCUGAACAAGAUGGACAACAUUUUGGACACCUGGAGCACAAACCUUAAGAGUAAUGUGAUGAUGGAGCUGAGGAAAUGGAAACUGGCCUUUGUGGAGCAGCACAGACUGGAGCUUAAGAAGGAGAAGGAACAUGCAGCCCAUAUGGCUGCUGUAAAUGCUGAGAUGGAUGGUCUCAAAGACCUGCUCAACACCUACAAGAUCUCUAACCAGAGAAAAGAUGAGGUGAUCGUGAAUCUGAGCAGGGCGGUUGACAGGCAGAAGGAGAAGCUGGAGCUGAUGAGAAGCUUCACCCAGUGGAGACUACAGCAGUGUGCUGCCAGAGAGGAGGCUCAGGGGGGCAGACUGGCAGAGCAGCACUAUCAUUUGCAGCUCAAGAGGAAGGUGUGGGCAGGCUGGCACUCGCUCAUCCAGAACAGGUGGCGGGAGCGUGUGGAGAGAGCAUGUUGUGCCAGAGCAGAGGACGUCUGCAUGCAGCUCUCUACAGACUACGAGGCCAAGAUGGCACAGCAUGUAGAGGAGCUCCAGAAAGCUCAAGCUGAAAUCCACAGGCUGCACACGGAGCGAGAGCGCUAUGAGGACUCUAUGAAGAAAGCUUUCAUGCGUGGGGUCUGUGCUCUCAACAUUGAGGCCCUUAGCAUGUUCAACACUGGAGAAGCGGGUAGACUGGAUCGUGAUGCUCCACUUCCAGGGGACGAGCCAAGCACCAGCUCAAUAGCCAAUCACCCUCCACGGACUGUCUCGUCAUCACGGCUCAGUCCAACUGUCAUGGAGAGUCCAGUACAUCUGGGCCCCUCCCACAGCAUUAUAGAGGAUAUCGAGGCGGAACAUUUUGUCUCUCAGUCUGGCUCAAGCACAGGCCCAAGAGCAGAAACUUUUUUCUCAACCACGGUGAUGAAUUCUUCCGGACCACCAGGGGGCAGUACAAGCUCUUUCAGACAGGCGAGCACACGAAUAGUAACAGCUGGCAAGCAAAAAGCCUCCAAGACAGUGACCGCUCGUUUGACGGGACGACCAGAGCAUAACCGGACGGGCCGCCCCCCCGCAGCUCUGCAUGUCAUGGGCGUGGCUCCUCCCAUGAGUUCAGUUGUUGUAGAAAGACACCACCCUGUCACUCAGCUCACCGUCGGCCAGGCAACAGCCGCUAAAUUCCCUCGCUCUGCUCUUCAGAGUCAGACUGUCUCCAGUAGCAAGAGCUCCUCCAGCCAACCCAGAGGCCCCUCCUCUUCCACCUUUCACAUCCACUCCAUCAAAGUUGUGGACUAACACACACACGCGUUCAUUUAUCUGUCAGGUCUUGUGUCUGGAUAUUGUAACUCAGUAUUUGAUUUGUUAAGAGGCUUUGAAUUAGAUUAAUACAUUUUUAGUACUAAAUGUAAUUUAUUUUUUCAUAACAUGAAAUUAAGUUAAGUUGUUUUAUACUGAAAUUGCCAAGAUUUUAAUUGAAGAAUCAUUAUUUAUUACAUGAUGUGGUUUCUUUAAUUUAUUAAAGUUGUUUGUCACCAUUUACAUUAUAAUGUUUUACAAAGUCAUAAUCAAAAUCUGCAACACUUUUCUGAUUCAUUGUUUCAGAUCAGUCAGCUUGUACUGUACCUUAAUCCACAUGUGGUACUAAAGAUAAUUGUUGGAUCCAUUAGAAAU